GCAUUACUUCUGCAUCACUGACCAAUUUUACAAGGUUGGUUAAAGCUGGAGUUCGUUUAGUCUCUGACAGACACGGCAUACCUUCAUCUUGGACAGAACUUUGUGUAUUUCCAAAGAGGCACUGGCUGGAUCUGUCACACUCGGAGUUGUGUUUGCCGCCGGUUAUUUCUUUGGGAAAAAGAAAUCUCCCACAAUGAGCAUCUCCAAAAGCCACUGCGGGGGAAAAGACAACCCACUGAUGCAGUACGUCCUCAAUCACUCCAUGAGGGAGCAUCCGGUCCUGAAAAACCUCAGACUGAGGACAAUGGAAGAUUCCUGGAACAUCAUGAUGGUUGCCUGUGAGCAGUCGCAGUUCAUGGCCAAUCUGGCAAGACUAAUACAUGCCAAGAAAGCACUGGAGAUUGGAGUAUACACUGGUUACAACACACUGAACAUGGCACUGGCGUUGCCUGACGAUGGCGUUUUGGUGGCGUGCGACAUCAGUGAAGAAUACACCAACAUUGGCAAACCCUUCUGGAAAGAGGCUGGAGUCGAGCAUAAAAUUGAUCUACGCCUACAGCCAGCACUGAAAACUCUAGAUGAUCUCUUGUCUGAUGGCCAGGCUGAAACAUUUGACUUUGUCUUCAUUGAUGCAGACAAAGUUAACUAUGACAACUACUACGAAAAGUCUCUGCAAUUGUUGAGGAAAGGGGGCAUCAUUGCUGUCGACAAUGUGCUGUGGAGUGGAAAGGUGGUCAGUCCGGAUCCCGACGAUGAGGACACUGUGGCCAUUGACAAGCUCAACAAGAAGCUGCACAGAGAUGUUCGAAUUAACCUGAGCAUGCUCACUGUGGGAGAUGGGCUCACACUGGCUAUCAAACUAUAGAAUUAGUGUCAAUGAUUAAUCAGCUUUGGAAGGGAUAGUGUAUGUCUUACAUAUAAUUAACACAUGGGUUUUAGCUGAAACAUGUCUAUAAACAAAGACAUGUGGACUUAUGACUUAUGGAUCACUUAUUUUUAAGUAAUUUCACUGCCAGUUUUAUUACCUCAGAAUCUGUAAUAAUUUUAGUUACAAGAUAAAGUGGAACGUUUCAAUAAAAUGUCGACAGAA